AUGUCUUUACUCCUUUCCCGGGGUAUACCAUCCCAAUCCUCUAAAUUCAAAAUACUUUAUUCAAACUAUCGUAAUCUUGCUUCACACGCAUAUGUCCCACCUUCCAUCCAUCCGUCAUCGUCUUCGCCAUCGUCAUCGUCGAUAUCGUCAAUACCAAAAGAAGCGACUAUGUCCACACCUGAUCUGAAUCCCGAUCAGAGGAAAUUGGUAGAUUCGAUCAUAAGAGUAGAUCAAGCUGGUGAAUUAGGUGCUAAUUGGAUUUACAGAGGUCAAAAAUGGGCUAUGGAUUUAAAAGGAGAUAAAGUGACUAGUAAACAGGUUGAGGAAAUGUGGGAAAAUGAACGACAUCAUCUGACGACGCUAUCACAUCUUCAAGUCCAACAUCGAGCAAGACCAACUCUAUUGUAUCCUUUAUGGCAAGUCAUGGCAUUCAGUUUAGGUGCAGGUACAGGCUUGAUGUCAAAAGAAGCUGCUAUGGCUUGUACUGAAGCUGUCGAAACUGUUAUAGGGGAACAUUAUGAUGACCAACUGAAUUCACUUCAGCCACUGCUAUCACCUGCAGACGGCUCGGCACCUCACCCAUCUUUACCACUGAUGGCCAAGAUAUUAGAAGAGUUCCGUGAUGAUGAAUUAGAACAUCUAGAUACGGCGGUUGAAGAAGGCGCUCAAAAAGCUCCUGGACAUAGUUUAUUAAGUGCUAUCAUUGGUGCAGGUUGUAAAGUCGCUAUCAAAGUUUGUGAAAAAGUGUAA